AUGGAGAGCGUGACACGCAUUGGCUUUGAGUUCUAUGGUGAUAGUACAGACAUAUGCUUUUCAUCGCUUGAAGAACUAUCGCUCAGUGAUUUUCCGAACUUGGAAACCUGGUCGAGUGCAAAUAAUGAAAAUGCAUUUCCGAGCUUGAGGAAGUUAACCAUAAAUAGGUGUCCCAAGUUGACACAUAUACCAUUUUGUUUGUCUCUUCAACAUUUGGAGCUGCGGGAUUGUAAUCCAUCUUCAAUCUUCAUUGGAGGUUUAACUUUGCUGACAGUGCUUGUAUUAGAAAAACUUCCAGAGCUGCGCUCUCUACCACCAGGGCUUUCUGCAUCUAAUCUGUCUUCUCUGGAGGUCUUAUCUUGCCCUAAGCUUUGUUCCCUGCCUUUGGAGAUCGGAAACCUCACUGCGCUGAAAUCAUUAACCAUUCGUUGGUGUGAUGAGUUGUCCUCUCUGCCAGAGAGUUUGCAGAACCUCAAAGCUCUGGAGUCACUAGAGAUUAGUGACUGUCAUAGUAUAAUCUCGAUGCCAGAUGGUGCAAUUGGAGUUCAAUUUGUAUCACCAAACUCCUUGAUGGCAUUGAAACUGCUGAGCAAAGUCACGGACUACAACAUCAGAGGGUACACGAAACGCAGAGCUAAGAGCGUCAUGGAGAAAUUCUUUGAGGGGAUUAAUGCGUUGCCUGCUUUAACAAGUCUCAAGCUUUUGGAACUAGAGGUUAAUGCAGAUUCUUUUUAUCAUCACGAUUUUCAACUUUAUUCCAAACUUAGCCGAUUAGCUACUUUGAUCAAGGCAUCUCCUCACCUGCAGAGACUUGUCUUGAAGUUGUGCUUCUAUCCUGCUGAAGAUCGAGAUACAGAAUAUUUGGACAAGCGAAUGCCAAUGAAACUAGAAAAAGCUCCAAAAUGGCCACAUCAUUGUCUGAAGGUAGUAGAAAUAAUAGGAUAUCGUGGUCGACCACAUAUUGUUGAAUAUGUCAUGGACUUAGUAGAGAAUGCUGUUGCACUUGAGAAAAUUGUUAUCGAUCCUAUUGAGCCUGAGAAUUGGUCUUGCUAUCAUACGAUACCAGAUAGAAGAGUUGAGAAGAGUAAGAAGGCAAGAGAUCAUGCCAUGCAUCAGCUUAAAAGGAUGGUGCCUUCAACUAUAGAGUUUGUUUGUCUGUAG